GUUUUACGCUUGCGAGUGCGUGCGUGCGCCUGACGACGGGGAGGAUAAGGCUUGGGCGGUGUGUGAGCCAUGUGCCUGCUAAGCGUCGCGUGCGAUCGCGAUUCGGCGAGCAGUGCGUGCCGCCGGUAAGAACGACGACGACCACGACGACGACGACGACGAUUGCAAUGACGGCGGUAACGACAACGACGACGACGACGCUCGGCGAGCAGGCGAACAGAUAGACACAAAGUGUGACCGAGUGCGACGCGUGUACACUGACCUCGAGUACGUGAUGCGUGCGCGCCAUGUCGCUUAGGUGAACAGAGCAAGUGCUACGACAACGAGGAGUUGGGUGUAUCGUGUUGCAUGUUAACGCGUCUUGUGUUCCUCGUGAAGUAAUACGAGGUGUGAAGUGAAGUGAGCCGAGUGGUGCGAGAGAGAGAGAGAGAGAGUGCAGCCGCACCGGCAAACCGGACUUCACGCCGUACAAUUUUAAUUAUUGUGCGGCUCGCGUUCACAGUGUGUCACAAAGGGAUAGACAUUUUUGUAAAAAAAAAAAAAAAACACAGAAAAAACAAACGAAAAGCGUGACGAGAAGAGACAGGACAGAAGGAACAAUCAGCUCCGACGCGCGGCUGAUUUAACCGCGAUCGACCUUCUCUUAGUGGAGUGACCGCUGUCAAAAAAAACGGGGAAAAAAAAAUGGAGGCCAUGGAUGUGGACGGAGACUCGGUGGUGGAUUUGAGCAUCAGCAGCGGUAGACGCAAUUCUCCGUCUCUUUCUGUGAAUUCCGGAGACAUUCCUCUGGACCUGGGUGUCCAUUUCUCCGCUAGUUCCAAUCUGGAGAACAACUUGCCGGAAGCACGUAACAUACAAAACGCGGCGCGGGGUAUUCUGGCGCCCAAGCGAUCGCACGGGGACGAUCGCAAGCCGCGACGCAAUCUCAGACCGAGAAUCGAGAGGAGUUACGCGGAAAGUCCAGACGAAUCCAGAAUGAACGGCUAUUUAAAUGGAAAUGCGUCGGACAGCGACGAAGGCGAUAUGCCACCGAUGCUGCCAAUCAAGGAACUGUCGUCGGACGAGUUGGCCGAACGCGAAAGGUCGCUCAGAAAGUAUCGGGAGGAGCUCAAGUUGGAGGAGAUGAAACUCGUUCUACUGAAGAAGCUGCGUCAGUCCCAACAGCUGAAGGAGAACAUCGCAGCGGUGCCGAGCAAGGGACCCAGCAAACUACCGCCGCCGGUAGCGGUGCAGCAGGUGCCCCACAGAACAGGGAAAGCGCCGCCACCGUUACUUAGAGGUCAGCCCGCACCGAGCAGAAGCAGUAGUCUACACGCUCCACCCCCCGGCUUGGUACUGCCUCCCAAUGCUGGUCGAAACACUAUCUCGAGCACGGGGAUGCCGCCGAACAUGGUGAUACCACAGCCACCUCAUCCCCGAGGAAGACCACCUGCCGUGGCAGCGUCGACUGUGUCUAGUUAUCACGCGCCGACAGACAGAACAGAGAGAUCCACGAAGGAUCCAACGCCAACUCCAGCGCAUCAAGUAAGUAAGCUGCUUGCUGGAUCACAAGAAAAUAAAACCACCGCAUCCUUAAGCACACCUGUGAAUUCGGAACAGGAGAGAACGUCACGCGAGGAAACGCCCGCACAACGUCAAGCGGCCGCGAAGAUGGCUCUGAGGAAACAGCUCGAGAAGACAUUGUUGCAAAUACCGCCGCCGAAACCGCCGCCUCCGGAGAUGCACUUCGUGCCAAACCCCUCCAACACAGAGUUCAUAUACUUGGUCGGUUUGGAGCACGUGGUCGACUUCAUAACGAAGGAACCGGCCGUCCCGCCGCCUCCCGAGCCCUUCGAGUGCUCGCAGUGCAAGACGGACUUCACGCCAGUCUGGAAAUGGGAAAAACCGAUGGCUGGCGGUAAGAAGGACAGUCCGAGAGGACAACACGCGACCUUCCAACGGCCGGCGGCAGGUCGUGAUCCGAGAGUCAUAUGCGAGCACUGCGUCACAACUAACGUGAAGAAAGCAUUGAAAGCAGAGCAUACAAAUCGGUAUGUUAUUAUGAAUAGGUUAAAAACUGCUUUCGUGAAGGCGCUGCAGCAGGAGCAAGAAAUAGAGCAAAGGUUAGCGCAAGCGCCGUGUCCGAGUCCGGAUCCUCCGGCACCGAAACCAGUUCCUAAAGCAGCCACUCCUACAAGAAGAGUGGCCACACCGCCUGCUCCUCCGCCGCAGGUACCACCCGCGCCCACGUUGACGCCGACACCUCCAGCGCCGAAGUUGCCGGAACAUCCCUUGAUGAAACUGACUGAAAGCGGGAAGUUCAACGCGCAUGCAGCUGCCGCGGCAGCCUUGCAGCAACAGUUGCUCAGAGAAUUGGCAAAGAAUCCAGUAGCGGGCUUACCGCCGCAUCAGCCUCUCCCCGCUCACAUGAUGCCGCAUUUUACCUCGAUAUUGUAUCCGUAUCAGCUAGCAAUGGCGCAGGCCGCCGGUGGAAAGGGUCUUGUCGAGUUGCAACGACAGGCCGCCGAUCUCCAACGUCAGUAUCUGCUCGACAUGAUUCCAUCGCAAGCGUCCCAAGCGCAGAACAAUCAGGCACCACCGAGAGCUCAUCCGCACAAUUGGAAAACGUAACCGGACGCAUUUAACAAGGGAUAACGCGACAGUAAAAAAAACAAAAAAAAGCUAAUCAAUUGAGUGAUGUGUGCAGCAGAAGAACACAGACAGUUCCAAGGAAAGUUCUGAGGAGCUUAGUUAAAAAAAAAAAAGAAAAAAAAAAGAAGUGUUUUGCAGUUUGAGAGAUUGAACUCUCUGUUGUACGUCCUGAACGUUCACGCCAAUCGCUGCAUCAAGUGUGUUCUCGGUUAAGGUGAAAAGCUCAACUUGAUAUAUGCAGGAGUAACCGAUGCUCGUUAGCAAUGUAUAAAAAGUAAUUAAUAGUUGUGAAUAUGUCAAUUGACGUAUACGUUUUCUGACUUUCUUGUUAUCUAAAGGGUCGAAGUUUUAUUUCCGUCAUCGGAACGCAAUGUCUGGACACGUAUGUAUUUAACACGCAGUUUAACGUAACCCCACCACAUGAGUUUGAACACACACACACAGAGAGAGUUAUGAUGAAGUGGUUGUUUGUCGUUCAGCAGAAAUCAACACGAAACUUUCCGGAAUCGAAAUUUUCUCUUUCUUUCUUUUAAUAUUUCUUUUAAUAUUUCGCAUACACACACACACACACACACGUACACGUACACACACACACACACACACGUGAUUAUUUUACGCGUUUCGUUACACUCGAUAUAUUAAAACUAAACGUAAUGACUAAUCUAAGCAUAUUGUCAAACAUAUUGUGUAAAUGCAAAAAAUUGCUUGAAUCAUUACAUAUAGAGUUGCCUAACUGUGAAAAAUGUUUACUCGUACGCGUGCCAUCACACAUCACGCGGAGUUAGUUAGACGACUCUGUUGUGCAAUUUAACAUUUAAAGAACCAAAUACAUUUGCAAGGCACUAAAUAAAUCAAUAAUACCUGUAAAUGAUGACGAAGGGAAUCAGGCGGUUAAUAAUAAUAUAAUAAUAAUAAUAAUAAUAAAAUAAUAACGAUAAUGAUAAUUAUAAUAAAAUAAUAUACAUAAGAGGAUAAUCGCGCGCGGAUGAGAGAGGGGUGGUCACGAAACGUUAAUACGAGGUAACGAAGUUGAUGGAAAGAAUCUUUUUAGGCCCUUAGAUAGUUAAGUCGUUUUUUGCCGCUGGUGUGUUUUGCGCAUGACGCACUCGUCGUUUGCGCACCCAACCGGCAGUACCUGUACUAUGUGUAUAUCUUUAUUUUCUCCGAACUGUAUUUUUAAGGCGAGUUUAAAACAUAAAAAAAGAAUAGAACUCUCCGUAGCUAUAUUAUAAAAACAGAAAAGAAGGAAAAAAAAAAUAAUGAAUUUGUAAGAAAGCGCGUGAGUGAUGUGAGCCAGCACACAUGUGACAAGUGUAUAGCAAUCUUUUUUUCUCUCUCUCUCUCUUUCUGUCUCUCUCUUUCUGUCUCUCUCUGUCUCUCUCUCUCUGUCUCUCUCUCUCUGUCUCUCUCUCUCUCUCUCUCUCUCUCUCUCUCUCUCUUUCUCUUUCUCUCUCUCGAUUAAACGGCGAGGUUUUUACCGGAGAGGUGGACGCGGGUGGUGUUAUAUUCGCGCGCGGAUACUUUACUCGCGCGACGAGGUCACACGGGUUAAGUCACAGGCUCGCGCGAGAAUAAUUCAGGCGAGGUUCUAAUUUACGCGAUUCAACUCGCACUACUGUUCUUCGGAUAGACGAAAAGAAAACGAGAUUCGAAACGAGGUGUUAUUUGAUAGAUCUUGGGCUUGGUGUGUCGACGCAGCGCGAUUGAGUUUUUCAUAUUACAUUUUUGAUGUAAAAGUAUUUAAAGAAACUUCAUUAGAGAGGGGAAGAUACGUAAUCGCGAGAUUUUUGCGAAUUGUCAACAACAAACACAGUAACAACAACAAAAAUCGGCGCCGAUCGCCAAAUCUUCAUGACGUCCUUCUGUAAGUCUGCACUUGAACGAGUUAAAAAUUACCGGCACCUUGUCUCCCUUUCCCCCCACCCCCCAGCAAUACUAUCACAAUUAUUACCGAUAUCCUGCCCAUCCCCUAUUCCCUUCACACUAAAUAAAUAGUCUGAUUUCAUUGAUUCUGGGGCUAAAGCGAUCUUGGUCGUACAUAUUUCCGAAUCAAUUAAAUAUAUAGUAACUAUAGUCUUGAUAUUUCUUGGUAUUAUGAUACAACUUAAUAAACUAAAAUAGCGCAUAAUCAUCAUCAUCUCUUUGUACUACGUGAUAGAUUUUGAAACUCGUACUUGAUAUACAUAUACACCAUAAAUAAGUCUAACGAUCGCAUAAUAGAUCAAGAUCUGUGUUUUUUGUGUAAGAGAAAACGUAAAAAAAGUAAAACUAUGUCGUCAACUAAUUAAACCAAACCGUCAUCGGGCACUACCGUCAUCGUCGUUAUCUUAAGAUGUAAAAUCCUGCAGAAAAAAAAAAAAAAAACCAAUGUGUGAUGGGGUAACGCGAAAAAAGACAAGAGGAGAUGUAUAUCCCUUAUAUGUGCUUGAUAUUUGCCUGGGAAAAAAAAAAAACUCGAGCAAUAUUGCGUAUAAUUUCGACAAUUAAGGAAAUUAUUUUCAAACCGUCUCUCAGAUAUAAAAAGUAAAAAAGACAAAAAUUGAAAAAAAUUUAAUAUAAAUAUUGUUUAUUUAUAUGUAAAUUAAAUAUGAGGAUAUAAUUAACACAAAUUUGUGGAAUACUACAUAUAUAUUUUUCUCUCAAGAGUUGUAAAUAUCUCGGAUAAAUGCGAAACCAAACUUUCGGCUCAAGUUUCGCAUGUUACAAUUCGUGAAUAUUUUUCUACUAUUUUUAACAAAACUAUGAAAAAGUUCAGUUCUUAUGCAAAUGUGUAUGUUUUGUUUUUUUUUUUUAAUUAUUAUUUUAUAACCGUCAUUUAUACGGCAUUGAAGCAACUUCCAAAUUUUUUGGAUUUCGACAGUUUUUUGAGAUUCUGUUAGAUAAUGUUGAUGAAGAGAUGUAAUCGCUAAUAAGAUAAAAGGAUUGAUUUCCGGACACGUUUAUCACGUGAACGCGUUCAUUCGUAUUCAGUUCUAAGUGCGAUCGUGUUUCGCAUCAUUUGAAAAAAGCCUUUUUUUCUCUUUUAGUUUUAUUUUAAUAAGUUAAAUUAAAGCGUAAAUCUUAUCGUCGUGUUAUUUUUACGAAUUUCUUAAAUAAGAAUAAAUAUGUAAUAUAAUUUUUCAUAUGUAAUUAUGAUUCUACAUAAUAUAUUAGUAGGACAUAAA